CUGCCGCCACCGGGAGCGGCAUCGCGGCCGCAGAGGGAGAUGCGGGCUCCGGCCGCCGCCCGCCGCCCUCGCUGACGCCCCUCGCCAAGCAGCGGUUGCGACGAGCAGCGAAGGGUGCCCCGGCAGCCACGAGCAGCCCUCACCAUGGCGAAGCGGGAGUCCAGCUCCAGCCCGGUAGUGAGGCAGAUCGACAAGCAGUUCCUAGUGUGCAGCAUCUGUCUGGACCGCUAUCAUAACCCCAAGGUGUUGCCAUGUCUUCACACCUUCUGUGAGAGGUGUCUUCAGAACUACAUCCCGCCCCAGAGCCUGACCCUCUCCUGUCCCGUGUGCCGUCAGACCUCCAUCCUCCCCGAAAAGGGUGUGGCCGCCCUCCAGAACAACUUUUUCAUCACCAACCUCAUGGAAGUGCUCCAGCGCCAGCCCGACAGUGCCAGCCACGAGGACGCCAUUGCCAUGCUGGAUUCGGUCAGCGCGGUGCCUGGCAAGCCGCUCUCCUGCCCCAAUCAUGAGGGGAAGACCAUGGAGUACUACUGCGAGGCCUGUGAGACCGCCAUGUGCCACGAGUGCACAGUGGGCGAGCACCGGGAACAUGUGACCGUGCCCUUGCGGGAUGUGGUGGAGCAACACAAGGCCUCGCUGCGCCAGCAGCUGGAUGCCAUCAAGAGCCGCCUGCCGCAGUUGGCCGCAGCCAUGGAACUUGUGUCCGAGAUCAGCCAGCAGCUGGCGGAGCGCAAGAACGAUGCUGUGGCUGAAAUUGGGACCACCUUUGCCGAGCUGGAGAAGGCUCUGGGGCAGCGUAAGGGGCUGCUGGUCCGGGACCUGGAGGCCCUCUGUGCGGCCAAGCAAAAGGUGCUGCAGGCCCAGCUGGAAGUCCUGCGCCGAGGCCAGGAGAACAUCCUCAGCAGCUGCAGCUUCACCGAGCAGGCGCUGGACCACGGCUCGGAGACAGAGGUGCUGCUGGUAAAGAAGCAGAUGAGCGAGCGGCUGAGCGAGCUGGCGAGUCGCGAGUUCCCGGAGCAGCCCCACGAGAAUGCCCAGGUGGACUACGUGGUGGAGACAGAGGGCGUGCGCAAGUCCAUCCUCAAUCUGGGUGUGCUGCUCACCACCAGUGCUAUUGCCCACAAGACCGUGGCAACGGGGGAAGGCCUCCGCCACGCUGUGGUGGGCCAGGCAGCCUCACUGACCAUCACUACCAAGGAUAAGGAUGGGGAGCUGGUGCGCAAUGGCAGUGCCUGCCUGCGGGCUGAGGUGCUGGCUCCUGAUGGCUGCGCCCUGGAGCACGAGGUGCAGGACAACAAGAACGGCACCUAUGAACUGCUCUAUGCCCCACGCCAGGAGGGCGACCACGUCCUCUCCAUCUGCCUCUAUGGGCAGCCCAUCCGAGGCAGCCCCUUCAGAGUCAAGGCUGUCAAGGCCUCCGACGUGCCCCCCUCCCCAGAUGACGUCAAGCGCCGCGUGAAGUCUCCCAGCAGCGGCCACAUCCGACAAAAGGCGGUGCGCCGCCCCUCCAGCAUGUACAGCAGCGGCAAGAAGAAGGAGAACCCCAUUGAGGAUGAGCUGAUCUUCCGCGUCGGAAGCCGUGGCCGGGAAAAGGGAGAAUUCACCAACCUGCAGGGCAUUUCCACCUCGAGCAGCGGGCGCAUCGUGGUGGCAGACAGCAAUAACCAGUGCGUGCAGGUCUUCUCCAAUGAGGGCCAGUUCCGCCUGCGCUUCGGCGUACGGGGACGCUCCCCUGGACAGCUGCAGCGCCCAACCGGGGUAACAGUGGACCUUAAUGGUGACAUCAUCAUCGCGGACUAUGACAAUCGCUGGGUCAGCAUCUUCUCCCCCGAAGGCAAAUUCAAGACCAAGAUUGGAGCUGGCCGCUUGAUGGGCCCCAAGGGCGUGGCGGUGGACCGCAAUGGGCACAUAAUUGUGGUGGAUAACAAGGCGUGCUGCGUCUUCAUCUUCCAAUCCAACGGAAAGCUGGUAGCCAAGUUUGGGAGCCGCGGCACAUCGGAGCGCCAGUUUGCAGGGCCACACUUUGUCGCUGUCAACAACAAGAACGAGAUUGUGGUGACUGACUUCCACAACCACUCUGUGAAGGUCUACAGUGCUGAUGGAGAGUUUCUCUUCAAGUUUGGCUCCCAUGGUGAGGGGAAUGGGCAGUUCAAUGCCCCGACGGGUGUGGCUGUGGAUUCCAAUGGGAACAUCAUCGUGGCCGACUGGGGCAACAGCCGGAUCCAGGUUUUUGACAGCUCAGGCUCCUUCCUGUCCUACAUCAAUACCACCGCAGAUCCACUCUACGGGCCGCAGGGCCUGGCGCUCACCUCGGACGGACAUGUGGUGGUGGCCGAUUCGGGCAACCACUGUUUCAAGGCUUACCGCUACCUGCAGUAACCAUGGCAGGCAGGCCGGAGGGGGGGCUCUCUCGACCCUCCCAGCCAGCCUGCUGGACUGUGUGCUUGGGGGUGGGCUGGCCCUCCGUGGGGCCUCUUCCCCAUGCCGGGUUGGGGGCUCUGGCAGCUGUUUGUGAAGGUGCCAAUAGCCACAAAGGCAGCUAUGCAGCAUUGGGAUUGCUUCCCGGGGGAGUGAGCAUGGGUGGCCCUGCAAUGUCUCCAGAGCAGGCUGCCACAAGCCUCUGACCUUUUCCACAGGGAGCAGGAGAGUCCCACGCAGGCACUGCCAUGUGGCUCCUGCUUUUCUGGUGCUUGGCAGGUCUUGCCCCCCUGCCCAAGAUCCCUGGAGCAGGAAUCCCUUGGAGUCUCCCAGCUCUCCCCAUACUGCUCCUCCCCUCGAUUUUCUCUGCACUUUAUCCCUGCCCAGAAAGGGGGCCAAGGCAGCCUCCCCUGCCUGGCAGCAGAAGGCCGGCCCGGCAGCCCAGCUGGCCACAGGGACAGGGUGGGUGACCCCCUCCUCACCUUGUGCAGAGCAGUCCUCGUGCUUGGCAGCUCCAGGGUUUCCACAACUGCUGCUCAACCGCUGCGCGUGCCUGUGGGGAGCAGCAAGCCCAAGGGGUGCUUCAGACCCACCUGGGGCUGCUGGACUCUUGCCUUUCCCAGGAGCUGGAGGUUGGGGCUCUGCUAAGACCCCGGGCCCCCCACCUCCCUGGCCAUGGGGUGGUUGCCCCCCCCGGCUUCCAUUUUCCCUACUGGGUGAGUUUCUGGAGCACAACCAGCAGUCUUUCUCGAAGACAACUCUUCCAUGGAAAGACCCUCCGGCUAUUCCGGCACCCUUCCCCAUAUGGAGCGGGGCGGGGUCCUGACCCGGGCAGCUUCUGUUCUUUGGGGGACGGGAGAGAUGGGCUGCACAGAGUGGAAGAGGAUGCGGCGUCCAAUUUCUCCGGCUCCCCGGAAGCGCCGUCCUGCCCCAGCCCGGAUCUGCAGCGAAGCAGCAGGCCCAGCUCUUCCCCGAUCUGAAUGAAGCCGAUCUUCCUGAAGAGCGCAAAACCUGUCCUCUGUUCCUUGGGCUUUCUACACCCACUCCCCCGUUUGGCUGAGC